AUGAACGACAUGGAAUCGAUGGAUAGUGAGCCGACAUCAGCAUUUUCACCCGCUGACCCGUCGAUAGAUUCAUUGUUUUUCUCGAAGCAUAAUCUAUCGGUUGAGACUUAUCAGAUCUUCAAAAACGAUGUGGAUGUCCUUCUCUCCGGCAAAACUUCAAUCUCAGAUCAACCGCUGCUCAUCCAGAAAAUCAUUCGUACGUGCCAUGAAAUGUUGGCCACUUAUGAGGAUGAGAAGGCGUAUCUGAUGGGUGACGUUCUUUGCACUUGGGCAAUCAGACAACAAAAGAUUUCAAUUGGAACCCUCUGGACUCAACAACUCCAUUACAAUCAACUCGACACAAUCCACCAGGAAUUUGAAUAUUUUGGUGAAGUACUCCAGCAUACAAUUUCGGGAUUGGAAUAUUUGAUUCAAUACUUUCCAAGCCAAGGUUUUGAAGAUAUGCAUUCCAAAUUCCGCCAAAUGGCCCACUAUUUCCUAUACUACUCGAUUAUCGUCUCACGCCAGCCACCUAGCGUGAUCGUAAAGUGUGGUGAAGCAGAAAACCAUCGACGCAGCAGAUUUUGGUUUAACACAGAGAUCAGAAUUCUUGGAGGCCGAGCUUUCGGGCUGGAGACCGCUGGGAGCGGGGUGGAGGUGCAGUGCUACCUAAUUACUGAUGAAACGGCGAGGCAGCUGUUGAGCAACGCUUAUUUCGAAAUCUUUGAAAGCGAGGAAUUUUCGAUCGAACCCCCGAACGCCACCUUCCAUGUGAAAGAGCAUCGCGGUCUCAAAGCGAAGUUUGAUGAUAUGCGCAUCGCAAAGAAAGUGCAACUACGCCGCGAAUCUGUGGCCACCAAGCGUUACUGCCUCUGCUAUAAUAUUCGCUUGAAAACGAGCUGUGGUAUCGAUCUUGUGGGGAAGAAAGUCUCACUCCCAUUUGCUGUCCUCGUUGGGCCCAAAACCGACGUCGAAGCCAAGCUUUUCCUCGAAAGAUCAUUCGCAGACUUGGUCCGCCAACCCCUCAGCGAGGUCCCACCCCAUGUAUCUGCCGUAGAAAUGGCUGACCAGCUUGAGAUGAAAUUUCAGGCAAUUGUCGAGACCCCACAAAAAUCCACCGACGGACCGGCCAUCAUCCAGCCUCGCUCUUUCACCCCACAAGCCAAAGAGCACAUCAUCAAACGUCUAAAACCGACACCACAUGGAUAUAUUGUCAUUGAUAAUUUUAUGAAGCUACCCGUCGCUGAAGAAUUCCAACAAAAAAAGACAAGCGGAACGGAAGGUGAUUGGAAGCUGGUCCCAUUCUUCGAUUGGUUCUUCAAAUUGGCUGAGAUAGUGAACAAAUAUCUCUACAGUAUGUGGUUUGAUGGCCUUAUCUACGGAUUUUGUGGGAAGGAAGAAGCUGAACAGCUGCUGCGUAGCGUCCCCAGGAGCGUGUUAUUGAUUCGAUUCUCGGAUAUCGAGCAGGGGAAAGUGAAGAUAUCGGUGAAGAAUUCGCUUGGAGAAAUGCGGCAUCAUUGGUACGAGCAUUCUGAUUUGAAUGCGAGGCCGUUGGCAAAGGAGCUGUUGACAAAUCCGAAAUUUUCCGACAUCGAGUUAAUAUUCCCAGAUAUCGAUCUGGAAGUAGCACUUGGUGGUCGCCAAAAGCCACGCAGAAAUCUGCCCAAACACCUUCAACCAAAUGAUAUCUAUUUUGAUAACCAAGGAGCUGCGACUUCGGCCUUU